AAGCAGCAGUAGAGCAGUAGCAGUGUGAUCUAGGUGCGGGAGUGGGACAUUAUUAUCCCUUGAGGGGACCGUCACCGCUCAGGCCACAGGGCGAGAAGCAGCAGCCGCAGCAGUGAGGAUUUCCUGUUGUCAGGACAACGCCGGCCGCCGCCAGCCUGCCCGCCGCCUGUGUCUGAGGAGGAGGUGAGGCUGGUCAUGUGGGGGGAGCAAGAUGGCGGCCAGGAGCCUAAGGGAUGCGGCGUGACUGCCACCCAGGUCCAUCCAUUCAGAUGAUUUCCAGUCCAGGCUGCAAGAAGCAUCGGGCUCUGCGGGGUGUAGUUGGCACGAAUCAGCAUGACCAUGGCUCUGACGCUAUUUGAUAAUGAUGAGUACAGACCACCUGUAUGGAAGUCAUACUUGUAUCAGCUGCAGCAAGAGGCUCCACACCCCCGAAGGAUUACCUGCACACGUGAGGUGGAGAACAGGCCAAAGUAUUAUGGAAGAGAAUUUUAUGGUAUGAUAUCAAGGGGUGAAACGGACCAACUACUGAGUGUCGCAGAGGGCAGUUAUCUCAUUCGUGAAAGUCAGCGGCAGCCGGGAACAUACACUUUAGCGUUGAGAUUUGGAAACCAGACUAGAAACUUCAGGCUCUACCAUGAUGGAAAACAUUUUGUUGGAGAAAAGCGAUUUGAAUCCAUCCAUGACCUGGUGACUGAUGGCUUAAUCACUCUGUACAUUGAGACUAAGGCAGCAGAGUACAUUGCCAAGAUGACCAUAAACCCAAUAUAUGAACAUAUAGGAUACACAACUUUAAACAGAGAGCCGGCACACCAGAAACAAAUGCCAGCUGUGAAAGAGGCACAGGAUGAGAGGGACUCGUCUGGAGACGAUGUUAUAUCCGAGAAAAGGUUAACCUCGCUGGUCAGAAGAGCAACACUAAAGGAAAAUGAACAGAUUCCCAAAUAUGAAAAAGUCCACAAUUUCAAGGUACACACAUUCCGGGGGCCUCACUGGUGUGAAUAUUGUGCCAAUUUCAUGUGGGGGCUGAUCGCUCAGGGAGUGAAAUGUGCAGAUUGUGGUUUGAAUGUUCACAAACAGUGUUCUAAGAUGGUUCCAAAUGACUGCAAGCCAGACUUAAAACAUGUCAAGAAAGUUUACAGCUGUGACCUCACCACUUUAGUUAAAGCACACAAUUCAAAGAGGCCAAUGGUGGUGGACAUGUGUAUACGAGAAUUAGAGUCCAGAGGUUUGAAUUCGGAAGGAUUGUACAGAAUAUCAGGUUUUACUGAUCUCAUCGAAGAUGCCAAAAUGGCCUUUGACAGAGAUGGAGAGAAAGCGGAUAUAUCUGCAAACGUGUAUGAAGAUAUUAACAUUAUAACUGGUGCACUGAAACUGUACUUCAGGGAGUUACCAAUCCCACUGAUCACAUAUGAUGCUUACCCGAAGUUCCUCGAGUCUGCAAAGGCUGUGGACCCAGAUGCACAGCUGGAAGCUCUUCAUGAAGCAUUGAAGCUCCUACCUCCUGCACACUGUGAAACGCUACGCUAUCUCAUGGCCCAUCUGAAGAGGGUAACUCUUCAAGAGAAGGACAACUUAAUGAACGCAGAGAAUCUUGGCAUAGUGUUUGGACCAACUCUCAUGCGUGCCCCAGAGCUAGACGCCAUGGCAGCUCUAAAUGACAUCCGCUAUCAAAGGCUAGUGGUGGAAAUGCUCAUCAAAAAUGAAGACAUUUUAUUUUGAACAAGAUAUCAAAAUAAAAAAAAACCAAGAACAGUAUUUCUGGAAAAUGAAGGAUUGUUCCACAGUACAGAAAAGUGAUCUUUUACAGUCAACAUCGCCAUAUUAAAGAACUCAACGCCUACGCGCAGUGGUUCGGCCAUUUUGUGGACUGGGCUAUCAUUUAUGUGAAGGAAAUCUUUUAAUUCAACUGUAAACAUCCCGGAGGCAUGAAGCAGUUGGCGGAGGUCUCCAUGUUGUGGGAUAAGCCAAUAUUUAUUAUCUUGAGACCUGUCCGUUCAAUAAAACAAUCCCUGAGGCAGGAGUUGUUUCACAGAGGUUGCCAUAUUUGUAGGGUGAACCAAUAUCCGCACUUGUGGAAUCCAUUAGAAACUAGCCACAUAACAGAGGCUUUAGGCACAUUAAAAGCGCUUUUUUGUGUGUUCACAGAACAAAAAUGAAGCAGUUUUUAUAAUUGUUUUAACUGUGGCAAUCAGUGCUAUUGUAAAAGCAGUAAUGUCUGUUUUGCUGUUACUGCUCGGUGUUUACAGAGUAAUAGGAAUUGUAAAUGGCUGCAUGUAUGCCUCCGUUUUUGUCGGAGCUUUCCUUACAGAGAUAUCCUCUAACUAAACGGGUCGUGACUGUAAAUCAGCAUGUUUUCCCCCUAGUGUAAGAUUAUUGUGAUCCUGGCUUUUAUGUUCCGCAUAAUCCGAUUAGGAUAAUGAAUUUGUGAAACUGUUCCUCUCUUUGAUGACAUUUGUAUCGCACAGUUUUCCUUUGAUCAUUUUCUAUUGUCAUCCACUUUUUUUUUAUGUUUUUUUAAUUUCGCAGGUUGUUUUUGAAAUCAAGAGCUUGAGUUUUUAUAAUGUUUACUGACACUUUUGUGUGACCGCAGUUCAUGCUGCAAUGUUCCAUUUUUAAAUGUAUUUUUGUAUUUUUCAUCCGGCAUGCACCUAUUAAUUUAUUAAACCUAGGUUUUAGAAAACA